CUCCUCUAAAAUCUGUAAUCAUAUAAUUUCAACACAUUUUCUUGGAUUAUAAAGAGAGAUCGAUAUUAUCAUCUCUUGCUCGGUUGCACAUCUAAAGAAUGUCACCGAGCAUGAGAGACUUACAGCUGACCCAGGUGGGCCGCCAAGCCGGAGAUGAUGAGUUUGAUUUGGAGGAUGUUCGGCUUCUUGAUUCCUAUGAUUCUCAUAGGAUUGAUGUUUUUGAUGGAGAAGAAGAAGAGGGUAUGCGGACAAUUCAGGUUAGAGUGACUGGGAUGACGUGUGCUGCUUGUUCCAAUUCUGUGGAAUCAGCUCUCAAUUGCGUUAAUGGGGUUUUCAAAGCUUCGGUUGCUUUGUUGCAGAAUAAAGCUUUCGUUGUCUUUGACCCUUCUUUAGUUAAGGAAGACGACAUCAAGAAUGCAAUUGAAGAUGCGGGUUUUGAAGCUGAGAUUCUGGCUGAACCGAGUACAGUAAAAACAAAAUCCAAUGCUACACUUUUGGGUCAGUUUACAAUAGGCGGUAUGACUUGUGCUGCCUGUGUGAACUCGGUUGAAGGUAUUUUGAGAGAUCUUCCUGGUGUAAAAAGAGCAGUAGUUGCCUUGGCUACUUCUUUAGGAGAAGUUGAGUUUGACCCUACUGUAAUUAGUAAAGAUGAUAUAGUAAAUGCAAUUGAAGAUGCUGGUUUUGAAGGUGCACUUGUACAGAGUAAUCAGCAGGAUAAAAUCAUACUAAGAGUUUCUGGGAUAUUCAAUGAGAUGGAUGUACAGUUUUUAGAAGGAAUACUUAGUGCAUUAAAAGGGGUACGCCAGUUUCGUUAUAACAGGCUGUCCAUUGAGCUAGAAGUGGAUUUUGAUCCUGCAGUUGUUGGCCCUAGGUUGUUGGUUGAUGGGAUUGAGGCAGGAAGUAAUGGGAAGUUUAAACUACAGAUAAUGAACCCUUAUGCGAGAAUGACUUCUAAGAAUGUUGAAGAAUCUUCAACUAUGUUUCGGCUUUUCAUUUCUAGUCUAUUCCUAAGUAUUCCUGUCUUUUUUAUUCGAGUGAUAUGCCCUCGAAUUCCACUUCUGUAUUCCUUGAUCCUUUGGCGAUGUGGACCCUUCCUUAUGGGUGAUUGGUUGAAGUGGGCAUUGGUGAGUGUGGUUCAAUUCGUAAUUGGGAAGCGCUUCUAUGUUGCAGCUGGUAGAGCUCUUCGAAAUGGUUCAACCAACAUGGAUGUUUUAGUUGCUCUUGGGACUUCAGCCUCAUACUUUUACUCAGUGUGUGCACUGCUAUAUGGUGCCGCAACUGGAUUCUGGUCUCCAACAUACUUUGAAACAAGUUCCAUGCUGAUAACAUUUGUACUGUUGGGGAAGUAUCUAGAGUGUCUUGCAAAAGGAAAAACAUCAGAUGCCAUAAAGAAGCUAGUAGAACUUGCACCAGCAACAGCACUGCUCGUUGUCAAAGACAAAGGUGGAAAGUGUGUAGCGGAAAGAGAAAUAGAUGCUUUGCUAAUUGAGCCUGGUGACACAUUAAAAGUUCUUCCUGGUGCCAAAGUUCCUGCUGAUGGUGUGGUUGUUUGGGGUUCGAGUUACGUUAAUGAAAGUAUGGUAACGGGUGAAUCUGCACCUGUUUUAAAGGAGACUAAUUCAUUGGUUAUUGGAGGUACAAUAAAUUUGCACGGUGCUCUUCAAUUGAAAGCUACCAAAGUAGGAUCUGAUGCAGUUUUAAACCAAAUAAUUAGUCUGGUUGAGACAGCCCAAAUGUCAAAAGCUCCAAUUCAGAAAUUUGCUGAUUUUAUAGCAAGCAUUUUCGUUCCUACUGUUGUUGCUAUGUCUUUGUUGACAUUACUGGGUUGGUAUGUUGGUGGAAGUUUAGGAGCUUACCCAGAUGAAUGGCUUCCAGAAAAUGGCAAUCACUUUGUUUUUGCUUUGAUGUUUUCAAUUUCCGUGGUGGUAAUUGCAUGUCCAUGUGCUCUUGGCCUAGCAACACCAACUGCUGUCAUGGUUGCAACUGGGGUUGGGGCUAACAAUGGUGUGCUGAUAAAAGGAGGUGAUGCUUUGGAAAGGGCUCACAAUAUCAAGUAUGUCAUAUUUGAUAAGACCGGGACUCUAACCCAAGGGAAAGCCUCUGUUACCACUGCAAAAGUUUUCACUGAAAUGGAGCGUGGAGAAUUUCUUAGAUGGGUGGCUUCUGCAGAGAAUAGCAGUGAACAUCCAUUAGCAAAAGCAAUAGUGGAAUAUGCUCGUCAUUUCCAUUUCUUCGAUGAACCUUCUACAACCGAAGAUGGCCAAAAUAACAUCAGGGAGUCAUCAGCCUCUGGAUGGCUUUUUGAUGUCUCGGAGUUCUCUGCUUUUCCGGGAAGAGGUGUCAAGUGUUUUAUUAAUGGAAAGCAAGUCUUGGUUGGUAACCGGAAGCUGAUGACUGAAAAUGGGAUCACCAUCCCCACGCAUGUAGAAAAUUUUGUUGUAGAACUUGAAGAAAAUGCUAAAACAGGCGUACUCGUUGCGUUUGAUGACAGCCUGGUUGGUGUCUUGGGGGUUGCCGACCCAUUGAAGAGAGAGGCUGCUGUAGUCAUAGAGGGCCUUCAGAAAAUGGGUAUCAAACCAGUCAUGGUAACCGGAGACAAUAGAAGGACAGCUCACGCUGUUGCCAAAGAGGUUGGAAUUCAAGAUGUGAGGGCUGAAGUAAUGCCAGCAGGCAAAGCAGACGUUGUCCGUUCUUUCCAAAAGGACGGAAGCAUAGUCGCUAUGGUAGGUGAUGGUAUCAAUGACUCUCCUGCCCUAGCUGCUGCGGAUGUUGGUAUGGCAAUCGGGGCAGGGACAGACAUUGCUAUAGAAGCUGCUGACUACGUGUUGAUGAGGAAUAACUUGGAGGAUGUAAUCACAGCCAUUGAUUUGUCGAGGAAAACCCUCUCUCGUAUUCGGUGGAAUUAUAUCUUUGCGAUGGCAUAUAAUGUGGUAGCAAUACCAGUUGCUGCUGGAGUUUUCUACCCUUCACUAGGGAUUAAGUUGCCGCCGUGGGUGGCUGGAGCUUGCAUGGCUCUUUCAUCUGUGAGUGUUGUGUGUUCAUCUUUGCUUCUUAGAACAUAUAAAAGACCCAGACUUACCACUAUAUUAGAAAUUACUGUAGAAUAGUAAACUAAAAAAGAAAGAAAUAAGAACCCUUGGAUCUGAGUUCUCUGUUGGGGAGUGAAAAUUGUGUAAAAAUCCAGUUUUGUAUAUUUUGAUUUGUUUCUUUUAGGGGGAUUUAAUUUUUCAAUCCCUUUCUUUGUAAAUGACAAUCUGUAUAAUAGUCCCUUUGGUGUGUGUUUUCCACAUUAA